GGUGCUCUAGAAACUGGCUGCAACUUUUUGUGACUAGCAUAUUGGGGGCUGGGAUAUCCCAGACCCUCCUCCUCCCUCUCUCUCCCAUACGCCAUCAGAGUGCAGGGAGACUGCUGCAGCAGAGAGCUGUGUAGUCUCAUCCCUGUUGUAAGGAGGAUUCCGUGACCCCGGGGUGAGGACUGAACACUGUCCCAUACAGCCAACUGCUUUCUUAAGAAGUUCUCCUUAUCUGCUAUAAAGAAUGAAGUGCUCCCACUUUCCCAUCCCAGCAAUAGCAAUCAUCCUCUGCAUCUCUUGGAUCCUGCCCAUUCGGUGUUGCAAUAAAGCUCUCUGCGCAAGUGAUGUCAGCAAAUGCUUAAUACAGGAGCUCUGCCAGUGUCGACCUACAGAUGGAAACUGCUCAUGUUGUAAGGAGUGCAUGCUGUGCCUGGGCACACUCUGGGAUGAGUGCUGUGACUGUGUUGGAAUGUGCAAUCCAAGGAACUACAGUGACACUCCCCCAACUUCCAAGAGUACGGUUGAGGAACUGCAUGAGCCCAUUCCGUCUCUGUUCCGGGCACUGACGGAGGGAGAAACCCUGAACCAGCUGAACUGGAACAUUGUGUCCUUCCCUGUGGUAGAGGAGCUCUCGCAUCAUGAAAACCUGGUCUCCUUCCUGGACACAGUAAAUCAGCAGCAACAACAGAAUGUGUCUGUCCCACAGAGUGGAGUCCAUGUGUCCCACACCAGUGACAAAGAGCAUAUGUGCACGGUAGUAUACUUUGAUGACUGUAUGUCUAUCCAUCAGUGCAAGGUUUCCUGUGAGUCUAUGGGAGCAUCCAAAUACCGGUGGUUUCACAAUGCGUGUUGUGAAUGUGUUGGCCCAGAGUGCAUCGAUUAUGGCAGCAAAACAGUGAAGUGUAUGAACUGCAUGUUUUAAGCGCAUUCCCUCCAGACCAUCACAUCAACAGUACUUUUACUGCUCGCUGUGUAGAACUCCUUUCAUUCCACUAAAAUAUGAUCCAUACUGCAAUCUUGUUAUCACUGCUCACUUACGCAGCAAGACCCUUAAAGAAGGGGAAUAUCAACUACUACAUAAGAAAAGAAAAUCCAAUUCUGAACAAAUGUUUUUUAUAUUUUCUUAUAGUCUAAAUUUAUGUAAAUGUUUGAUUGUAGCAUUUCAGUUUUGCAGAUUGUAUUUUUCUAAACAUGUAAAAUGUAAGUUUUAUAUUAUAUUUUAGAAUACUAUGCCAUUUUUAUGUUCCCUUACUUUAUAGUCCCGCAUCAGCUGAUUAAAUCAACAAAAAGGCAACAUAAUUUCUGUAGCAGCCUGCAUGAUGUCAGCAAGGAUAGUACGACUUUCCUGUCUGUCUUGUUCUUUUGUAUUACUGAUAGUAUUGGGGGGUUUUCUGUCGGAGAGAGAGUGUCUAUUGAAAGGUAUAUACUAUCUUUUUCCUAAAAUAACCCCCUUUACUAUGGGGAAUUUAUAUAAUUGCACUUUCAGCUAGUGUUCCAAGAUGCUUGAUAUAAAUCAGUGUUGCCUAUGUUCUCUAUACGACUAUGGGGGCUAUUCAAUUUUCCCCAAGGGUGCCGGGUGAUGAGUAUCGCCGAUGGGGGCUUAUCGGGGGUUUUGCUUCACCUGCCUCCGGCAGGCGAAGCAAAAUGCCCGAUAACAUCCACGUUUUCGGAUCUAUUUCACCCGAAAACACACAAGUUUCACUGAACCUGUGUGUUUACGGAUGAAAAAGCAGGUUUUACCGGCCGAGCUAAUUAAAUAGCCCGACCGCAGCACCCGAAGAAACAUCGGGGGUUUUUACUCCUGAUGUCUCUUCUGGCCAAAUUGAAUAUCCCCCUAUGUAUUUUACGUUGCCUGUUUGGUGCACAAAGAACACAAAGAAACUUAUUUAGACAUUGAAACAAAAACAAAAAAAUGCCUUAAGAAAAUUGAUGCCGGAAAAACAUUCACUUCUUCUGAAAUGGACAACAAAAAGGCUAGCCUGUCUUUUGAACAAAUGUAGACAUAUAAAUGAUCUUUAAAUUACCUUUGUUUUUCUAAUUAUAAUCAAAACUGUG